AUGGAAACUCCUUCAGAGACAAAAGAAGAGACAACACACACAGAAGAAUAUAAAUUGGAACCUUUUAGUGAGCUCCGUAUUGAAGUGGACAGUGGAGCUGAAUUAGAAGUGGAGCUUUUAGAUGGUAAAGCAGAAGUUUUUGGUACAGAACUGGUGAAAGGAAAGAAAUGUACUUUCUUACCAAGCUCCAAAUUGGCAGUAUUUUCAUGGCAGGGCUGUGGAGUAAAAAUAAAUGGGAAGACAGAAAUGGCAUAUGUUGCCAAAGAAACACCAAUGGUGAUGUACUUGAAUCUUCAUGGUGCUCUGGAGCAAAUGAGACAGAAAGCCGAAUUGGAAAUGUCAAGAGGUCCAAGAAUAAUGGUGGUUGGCCCGACUGAUGUUGGGAAAAGUACCCUUUGCCAAUUGCUACUUAACUAUGCAGUUCGUAUUGGACGGGCACCAUUGUUUGUGGAUAUUGAUGUAGGGCAGAGCAUGAUAUCCAUUCCAGGAACAAUUGCUGCUGCAGUCAUUGAACGACCAACUGAUAUUGAAGAUGGUUUUUCACAGAUUCUAACCCCUCUAGUCUAUCAUUUUGGCCAUUAUAGUCCUAAUGAAAAUCUUGCAUUGUAUAACCUCCUCAUCAGCCGAUUAGCACAAGUUAUUCAAACCAAAUGUGAAACUAACAAAAAAAUCAGUUGCAGUGGCGUAGUAAUUAAUACCAGUGGCUGGGUAAGAGGUGGUGGAUACCAGUCAUUAGUACACACUGCAGGAGCUUUUGAAGUGGAUGUAAUUGUUGUCCUGGAUCAAGAAAGGCUGUACAAUGAACUUGUACGAGACAUGCCAGAUUUUGUCAAAGUUAUUGUCAUACCAAAAUCUGGAGGGGUAAUUAUGGUUUUCUUUUAUUCAUUAGCAUAUUGUCUGCACCUUAUUAGUUCAUCUCCCAUUCUAUUAUCAUGUUUUCUUCUUCUUCUUUUUUUCUUUCUUUUUUCUCUCUUUCUCUCUCUCUCUUUCUCUUUCUUUCUCUCUCUCUUUUUCUCUUUCUCUCUCUUUUUUCUCUUUCUCUCUCUUUUUUCUCUUUCUCUCUCUUUUUUUCUCUCUUUCUCUCUCUUUUUUCUCUUUCUCUCUCUCUUUUUUCUCUUUCUCUCUCUCUUUUUUCUCUCUUUCUCUCUCUUUUUCUCUUUCUCUCUCUUUUUCUCUCUCUCUCUUUCUCUUUCUCUCUCUCUUUUCUCUCUCUCUCUUUUUCUCUCUCUCUCUUUUUCUCUCUCUCUCUUUUUCUCUCUUUUCUCUCUCUCUCUCUCUCUCUCUCUGUUGUCUGAGGUUGUUGAAAGAAAUGCACAUAGUCGAACAGAAAGCAGAGACAACAAAAUUCGAGAAUAUUUUUAUGGAAUCAGAAACUCUUUCUUUCCACAUUCAUUUGAAGUGAAGUUUUCAGAUAUCAAAAUUUAUAAAAUUGGAGGUCCAACAUUGCCUGAUUCUUGUUUGCCUCUUGGUAUGAAACCACAAGAUAGCAAGACAAAAGUUGUUCCUGUACAGCCAAGUGUUGGAUUGAUGCAUCAUGUGAUGAGUUUGAGUUCUGCCCUGACCCCUGACAAACUGGUUGAAGUUAACAUCCUCGGAUUCCUUGUAAUUACUAAUGUAGAUACAGAAAGACAGAUGUUCACAAUUUUGGCACCAGCACCCCGACCAUUACCAAGGAACUUUCUUCUACAGAUGGAUAUCCAGUUUUUAGACAUCAAAUAA